AUGAAAACAUUCACCUUAAUAACAUUCAUUCCUUUCCUCUUGUUGCUGGCAACUCACCGAGGGGAACCUUUAUACAUCCCAAAACAUAAACCCUCGUCAGCACCCAUACAUUCUAAAAUAAGUCAAGAAGAUGGUUGUGCUAAUAUUCAUAAUAAAUUCAAAAAUGCUGGAACCAAAGAAGGUCUUCUCUUUCCAUUUUCGGAUUUAAAAGCUUGCUAUGAAUCAUUUUCUUUUGAUAAUGAAAGAAGAAUUGAUACCAUCGAUACCAUGAAGAAAAUUUUCAACGGAUUCUAUGUGUUUACCGAUCAAGCGAAGGAACAACCAAGUCAAGGGUAUAACUAUGAAUCAAUGGAUAUUAUAAGUGAAUUUGAUAAAUUGAGCCAAAAAGAAUAUGCAACCGAUUUUGAAUUCACGAUGGAUGCUACUAAUUUGGUAACCAAAUUGAAAGAUCCGCAUACCUUAUUUUUCCCAAUAUGUUACACGCGGUUUAUUUUCACGCAAAAAAUCAUAUUUUAUGCUAAAUUAGAGAAUGAAACGCAUAAAGUUAAAGUUUUCAAGGACGGUGCCGAAGCCGAAAAUAAUGAUUGUGAAGUUGAAAAAAUUGAUGGUGUCGCGGCUAUCGACGUCAUCACGGAAUUUGCACGUGACAAGGUUUUUGUUUCGAAAGAUCUUGGUGUCAGAUUAAACAUGGCAUUAGCAGCUCUUUCGUUACAACAAGGAACUUAUCAACUUCACCCUAGAUCCGCUCAAUACAAUCUUCGUACCAUUUUACCCGAAAAAGAAACCACAACGUAUCAACUAAAAUGUGGGGAAAAUACUAAAACUAUUACGCGUAAUUGGGAAGCUGCUAUAAAUAAUCCUGAUGACCUUGAAAAAUUCACUGAUGCCAAUUCUUAUUGGGAAAAUCUUUGUGCAAAUCCAUCUUCAUCUCAGUCAAAGUCACUGAAAAAAUCUGGGCGAAGUACUAAAUCAAAUAAACCAAAUAAACCUAAAAAGCCCAAAGCUAAAUCUUCUAAUGCUUUUUAUAAUGCCGAUCCGUUUGGAGUCAAUUCGGAAGUUUUGAAAGAAUUAAGUCCUUCAGUUGAUGUUGGAAAACCAGUUUUUGAAACUAUAACCGCUCAAUUUUAUAUGUUGGAAAAUGAUGUUGGUGUUGCCGUACUUGCAUCUUAUGAUAUCGGCCCUGAUCUUUCUGAUACCGCCAUCACAAAUUCAUUCCGUGACUUGCAAACCGGUUUCAAGACAUUAGCCGAUAACGGUGCCAAAAAGCUCGUCUUGGACAUGUCAAAUAAUGAAGGGGGACUUAUUAUCCUUGCUCAUUUCAUUAAUCUGCUUUUAUUUCCUGAUGCAAGCCCAUCAUCACCAUCCAAUUUUAGACUUACUGAUAUCAUAAAGAAAGCCAUUGAACAAGCAGGCGAUAACAAUAAUUCAAUUUUUAACUUUAAUGGAUAUUUAACCGUAGAUGAACAAAAUUUCAAUAGCGCAAGUGAAUUUCUUGAAUCAAAAUUCAUUGAAAAUGAUUUAAGUCCUAUUAGACAAUUUCUUUCCGAACAGGAACCACUUCCAUGGAAAUCAUCUGAUAUGAUAAUUUUAACAAACGGAUUAUGCGGAUCUUCAUGCUCUUCAACUUCUUUGCUUUUCUCCGAAUUACACAAAGUUCAAACCGUUGCAGUGGGAGGAUUUCCAAAUACCCCAUUAUCUUUCAGCUCAUUUGCCGGUGGUCAAGUUUACCUACUUGAUGAUCCCUUGAAACGGGGAUUUGAUUUACAAAAUGAUAUCGGUUCAUUAGGUUUAAAUGAUGAUCCUGAAUUCACCAAAGAUCUUUCAACCAACGUUAUGGUCACAUUUUCUAUUAGGAGAGCCUUUAGUGUCAUUAACAACGAAGAAGUUCUAGAGUAUGCUUUUAAACCUUCCACACAUCAUAUUUUCUUUGAUGAAAAAAGCAUUAGGGAUCCAAGUAAAUUGUGGCCUCAAGCAUCAUCUCUGAUAAAAUCUUAA